AUGGACAUGGUACAGGACACGGCUGAAUUCUUCUUGGUUAGUGUAGAGAGGAAAUAUGCAGUGAAAUAUCAUUGCCGGUACCGUGUUUUGGAGCCACCAGGGACAUCGGAGAAGAGUGACGCCGUGGAGCUGGUGGUGACAGAUCCCAAAUUGCCCCCACCCAGUAAUUCCAUGAGCUCUGGGAGUAAAGUGGGAACAGGGACCAAUGUCACCAUCUGGUGCAGCAACCAGGAGAACAGGGGCACCAUCUUCCUGCACAAGGAUGGGCACUCAGCCCCUAUCCAGCUCCAGGACCCCAGUGGUGGGGGCACGGCCACCUUCACCCUCUUUGGGGUGACCCCAUCCGACUCUGGCACCUAUAGGUGCUCCUACCGCUUUGGAGGCUUCUACCUUCUUUCCUCACCCCUUAGGGACAGCGUGACACUGGAGGUGACACCC